CCAGAGCACACACAGCAGUCUAGUGCUGCCCUGCUGGAAUGUUUUAUUUUUUAUUGACAUGGAACCUGCUGCAGCACUCGGGGCUGGAUGUUUCCUCUCACUUCUGAGGACAGAGGACUUUGUAGAUUUGCAGAUUUCAGAAAAUAUUUAGUUUUUUGGUUUUUGAAGAUUUAGUUUUACUUUUUGAAAAAUGUCUAAAGGUCUACUCAACCCACAGCAAGUGACAGUUGCUCACUGGAAAAGACCUGAUGCAGCUGGACAGAACUCUGCUGUCUGUGUCUUGGAGGUUCUCCAGAGUAAACUGGAGUCACAUCAGCUGUCAGUACAUAAGAAAAAGACACCUGAUUUAUUUGAAAUGAUUGAGAAAAUGCAGAGCAACAGAAUGGACGAGCAACGAUGCACUCUUCCUCCUCCUCUCAAAACCGAGGAAGACUACAUCCCUUACCCCAGCGUCCAUGAGGUUCUUGGCAGAAGGAGUCCAUUUCCCUUGAUUCUGCUGCCCCAGUUUGGGGGUUAUUGGAUUGAAGGGACCAAUCAUGAGCUAAGCAAUGGGACUGAUCUGGACCAGCUUCUGUCCCCCAAUUCACGCUUCAAACUGGAGUGCAACUCUACCGCUAAGAUCUACAGGAAGCAUUUUCUGGGAAAAGAACACUUUAAUUACUAUACAGUGGACAGUGCCCUGGGCCACCUGGUGUUCUCCAUGAAAUAUGAUGUUAUCGGGGACCAAGAGCAUCUCCGCCUCAUGCUCAGAACUAAAAUGAAAACAUAUCACGACGUGAUUCCGAUAUCUUGUCUGACCGAAUUCCCCAACAUUGUCCAGAUGGCCAAGCUCGUCUGUGAAGAGGUGAACGUGGACCGAUUUUUCCCUGUACUUUACCCAAAGGCCUCCAGGCUCAUCGUCACUUUCGACGAACACGUCAUAAGCAACAACUUCAAGUUUGGAGUCAUUUAUCAGAAGUUUGGACAGACCUCAGAGGAGGAGUUGUUUGGGAAUAACGAGGAGAGUCCUGCUUUGGUGGAGUUUUUAGAGUUUCUGGGACAGAAAAUCGAGCUCCAUGACUUCAAAGGGUUUCGUGGAGGAUUGGACGUGACACAUGGUCAGACAGGCUCUGAAUCUGUGUACCACAAUUUCCACAACAAGGAGAUCAUGUUCCAUGUGUCAACUAAGCUGCCUUACACAGAGGGUGAUACACAGCAGCUACAAAAGAAGAGGCAUAUAGGAAAUGACAUUGUGGCCAUCGUGUUUCAAGAAGAGAACACUCCAUUUGUGCCAGACAUGAUUGCCUCCAACUUCCUUCAUGCCUACGUAGUGGUGCAAGUUGAAAAUGCCUGUUCUGACAACGUCCUGUACAAGGUUUCAGUAACAGCGAGAGACGACGUUCCAUUCUUCGGACCAUCCCUCCCCAACCCAGCCAUUUUUAAGAAAGGCCCAGAGUUUCAUGAAUUCUUGCUUACCAAGCUGAUCAAUGCCGAAUACUCUUGUUACAAAGCUGAAAAAUUUGCCAAAUUAGAGGAGCGUACCCGCUCUGCUCUGCUGGAGACGCUGUACGAGGAGCUGCACAUCAACAGUCAGGCGAUGAUGGGAAUGGGAGGAGAGGAGGACAAACUGGAGAAUGGAGGAGGGGGAGGGGGCUUCUUUGAGUCUUUCAAGCGGGUGAUCCGCAGCAGGAGCCAGUCUCUGGACACCAUGGGCCUCAAUAUCAGGAAGUACACAGUCUCCAAUAGUCACAGCGGCAGUUUCACCCACAACAACAACAACAGCAACCACUCACCAGAGUCCCCCAAACCCCCUGGGAUAUCAUUGCUUGUCCCAGGCAAAAGCCCAAGUAAAUAUGGACGUCGUGGCAGUGCCAUAGGAAUAGGAACCAUAGAAGAGUCUUUGAUCAUUCCUGGAAAAAGCCCAACUAGGAAAAAGUCAGGACCCUUCAGCUCUCGACGCAGCAGUGCUAUCGGCAUUGAGAACAUCCAGGAGGUCCAGGAGAAGAGCAGUAGAGAGUGCUCUCCCAGCACACAGAAGACGCCUGAUAGUGGCCACGCCUCCCAGGAACCCAAAUCUGAAAACUCCUCCAAUCAGAGCUCUCCUGAGGUUCUCAUCACUAAGAACAGCUCAAGCAUGUACUGCCGGGCUCCCUCCAUUCCUGAGGCUCGUGACCUGUCCCGCUCCUCAUCUAACGCCAGCAGCUUUGCUAGUGUAGUAGAGGAAAAUGAAACCGAGGCCACAGAGGACUACGACACUGGAAUGGAGAGUCUGUCGUCAGCAGAUACUCCUCAUAAACGAGACUCGUUCACGUACACCACAUGGCUGGAGGACAACAUGAGCACUACCGGUACAACCAACCGGGGGAGCUCUCCUGCUCCUGGCAGAACGGAUGGUGGAAAGAACCAGGAGCAGAACCGUACAGACAUCCGCAUCAAACUUGAGCGACCGAAUGACCACAAGUCCUCAUCUAACUGCUAGCUCCUCCUCCUUGACUGCCUCGUGGACAUCCAUCAGCAGAAACACCUUAGAGAGAAAACGAGAUCUUGAUGAAGAAGAGGACGACGACAACGGUUGGCUGCAGAAGUGACAACAUGUACAUGUCCCAGAACCCCAAUCAUGUGACCAUAUCUCCAUCAGGACACUGAAUACCUUCGCAGACUUGACCAGAAACAGGAAGGAGUUGGUUAAAGGCAGCCAGAGACUGUGCAUUGGCCCUCCUUCCAACCUGUCCUUCACCCUCCUUGUGAGUACAUCAGUAAAUGAACGAGAACCUCCUCUGUAGCAGCGUCUACUGACAGGCCACUGUGCUGGUGAGUGGCUAAACUAGCAGGUUAAUUGAGGUCCUAACACUGUGCUGAAAUUCAAUUCUGUGAAGUUUGUCUCCUAAAGAACAUUUCAUCUGCUUGCACGGCAAAAGCUUUUUCAGCUGUCCCAACUGGUGGACUCUGCAAAAGGGAUAGCGCAUGUUUCUGAAACCUAAAAUGACAAAUGGGACGUGGUAUGACUUCACUGUACAGUACACAUCAAAUGUGCUAUUUGGCACAGGGCUGUAGAGACCAAACCAUUUGUCAUAUUCUGAUACUGAUGUUCUGUCAUUAAGAUUUCAGGAGUGAAAACCUUUAAUCUGAUAUUUAUUGCAGCAUUGCAAUACGUCCCUCAGGCACUAUUUAAGAGUAACAGCACUCAAAAACUUUUUUUUUUAUUUUGAACAGAAAUUACAAAAUAAACUUUUUAAAUGCUACAAGUGUAUUAUAAUGCACAUGUUGAUGGUUUAUCUGUUUGCCACUCAAGCAGCUCAUGAUCAGGGCUGCAGGGUCUCGAGUUUUGUUUCUUAUAGUGAAUCUUUUUUUUUUUUUUCAAACUGUAUAAAAAUCCCCAGUGGAGAUCCUUUUCCUUAUGUUGACUCAUUUGACUCCUCUUUGCUUUGUGUUUGAAUGUACAGAUGGUUUGAUGUCUGAACUGUGUGCCAAGGUGACAGUCCUCUUUUAAAAACUCAGUCUAGACAGGAGUUUUGAGUUAAAACAAAUGUGCUGUUGCUAAUCUAUAAACCAGUCAUCAAUGCCAAAAACCAGUCAUUGUGAUGUUUGCUCUUUGUUAACGCCAAAAAGCAUUGAAUGGAGCUUAAAUACGGAGGAGUGGUUUGAGGAUGCCUUACUGUAAGUAUCAAAAUAUAUGAAGGGAAAAGCUUAGCAGAUUUUUUUGUUAUCUAUAUAUGAUUAAUGAUUGGCCUUAGUGGCUUCAAUUAAACUAGCCCUCAUUGCUGAUCCAUGUUUGUUUUAUACAUUUCCCAUAACUGAUCCGUCCUCAUGAUAAACUCAGACCUCGGCUGCUGAAAAUUCAGCUUUGCCUUAUUAGCUUAUUCGGCAAAAAGAAAGAAAAAAACGUACAAAAAAAAAUUAAUAAUCUUGUGUGUCUGAAAGCAGUUUCAUUAUGCCUAUGAAGUUUUAGACUGAUUAGGCAGCUGCCGGCCACUGUGAGAUGUUGAAUUAAAAAAAUUAAUUAUAUAUAUAUAUAAAUUUGUUUUUCUGUUUAAUACCGCACUAAAAUGCUGUACAUCAUCACAAAAACUACAGGGGAUUACUAACAUACUAAAUACAACCCCUAGAGUCAUGGGAUAAGUUACCAAUAAAAAUGUUGGAAAUAUGGCUUUAGUCAGCUUCUGUUUGCGCUGCGCAGGGUUUCUGUGCCCCCUUGUGGUGAGUCAUGAAUCAAGCACCAUUCAUUUGCAGUGUCCAUGUACAGGACUGUAAUUGCUGUUCCUGUGCAGAAGUCAGAUUUGUCUGGGGAAUAAAAGAUGCAGCACAAAAUCCUUGCUGAUGACAGGGUAUACAUUUUUAGAUGUUGUUAUGCUUUCCUUUAAGCUGCUGCUUCUGUGACCUUUUCCUGUGCAAUCAUCAUUGUAAAUAUUGCUUUUUUUUUGUACAUACUGCCCAAGAAAUCUGAAACAAAUAAACUUGAGUGUGAUAUUUCAUGGAA